AUAGUGGGGGGUCGUGUCCGUCCCUGUGGACAACAGUGAACACUGAACAGUUCAUACGGGCUAUGGACGUACUAUAACCGUCGUCGUUUUCCAUCGUGUCGUUCUUUAUUUAUUUGACGCGCCUUUCCCUUUGGAAUUAUAAUUUGUCAUCGUUUAAAUGGUGUAACUGGAAAUGUUUUAUGCGUGAAAUGCCGAAAAUGGAACUGAAACGGGCAUCCCAAGAUUCCUCCAUAUCCAGCUCGGAGGAAUCAAUCGCAGGUUUCUCGGAAAAGCCAAGUUCUGAAGUCGAUGCACUGGUGUAUCGCUUGAAAAAAUCUGCCAACGACAAAAAUAACAUUCCUAUCAAAGCUCAAACCGAGGAUGAGAAACUUCGACAAGUAUUUCCUUGGGUUGAUGAGUUCCAGAGGCAUUGCAAAAGGCAGAUGGGCAUUAAAAAUAUUCAUGUUCUUGAAAAUUUGAUGUCCACUUAUAUUGGAAAUAUUGCAACGUCUGUGAUCGGCUGUUAUGGAAAACCUAAUAGAGCAACAAGACUGAAACGUACGAUGAGUGAUACGUUGUUGUUGUUUCAUAUGAUACACACUGAAAUCAAACAGCCAUUAGAACAAUCUUCGUAUUUGGAUAAAAUGUCUGAUCUUUUAGCUUACUAUAUCGAUAUGGAGAUAAAAGCAUCAAAAAGAGGAAAGGAAAAUAUUGCAAAAAUUGGUUGCAAAAUAACAAAUUCCCUCUUUUUAUUCUUAGAUCGAUCACAGGAUCAUAUUCUUGAUACAAUACUAAAAACAAAACUAAUGAUGGCAAAAUGUAGCUGGGAGCUUUGUACACCCAUAUUCAAUCGGGUUCUUAUGGUAUCCCCUGGCCAAGAAAUAUUCGAACUGACAUACACAAGAUACAUUCUCGUUUUUAAAAUGUGGAAAAAAUGUAUGAAAAAGGCAGAGGACAGGAGAAAAAUAAUGACGAUUGCUACGAAUCGCUUAACGCCACCUGAAAAUUUUCCGCAAAAAAUUAAAACAGGUGUUUUAAGAGGUGUUUUGCCAAGAAUUCCCAAAUCUAGGACUGAUGUAACUAUGUUUCUGAUGCAGGCCAAAUUUUGCGUUAAAACAAAGACAGCCGAAUUCUUUAAAGCCAUUAGUGAUCCAAAACACAGUAUUGUUCUUAAUGAACACCUACCCGUGCAUUUAGAUAAACCAUUAUUUUUUGAAGACGACAAUGAUGUCGAUAAUGACAACUGUGAUGAUCAGGAUGAUGCAAAUGGCAGCAAUGGAUUGAUGAAUGACAUUUGGUCUAGUCUUUGUUUAAAAACCAAUGUCAGAGAUCGUAUAAGGGUUGCAAAUGUCUUGAAAACACCUGUGAAAAAGGUACCGAAAUUACUUAAAAGUAUUAAAAAGAAAAAGAAGAAAAGCGAAAAAGUUAUGAAACAAUUAAAUGCUAAAAUGACGGAGGGUUUGGUGGCUGAAAAUGAUUUGGAGUCAAACCGUAGUCCUACAAAGAACCAAAAGACGGAUAAUAAUAACACUCUAGUGCGAACUUUGGAAAAGCUGAAGUCCAAUUGCCGAUCAGCUUUAGGAGGAGAACAAGGUGUUAUAACAUCGUCUACCAAAGAUGACAAUGUAUCAGACGAUGAUGUAAUAAUUAUAGAAGAUGCUAGAAUAAAAAGUGAGAACAUGACACCAAUAAAACUUUCUGAUGAUGAGAACGACCCAAAAAUAGAAAGUGAGAAUGUGGACCAAUCUGCACUUCCAAAAUCACCACCUGUAAAUAUCCAUGAAAAUAGUGUAAAACCAGAGCACAAAAUAGAUGGCAUAAAAAUCAAAAAACAAGAAAACAUAGUCAACAGCGCAAGUGAAAUUAAAAAGGACCCAGACGUAAGGACUGAAACUGACAUAGAUCCUGUUGAAACCUGUUUGGUAAUGACCAAGGAAGGGAGGUUUUCACCCACGGAUGAUGAUACGCUGGUCGAUGUGGAAAACAUAGACAAUACCAUCUUAAGAAAAAGUGAAGACACCAACUUUCUUCCUGAAUCUGAAACUGAUGUUAUGCCCAAUAGUAUUGAGAGGCAUCCUCAUUGCGAUGAAUAUUUUGAAAAAUGCAAACCUAAUGUUGAUUUGGGGUGUAAGAAUACGAAUAAUGAAAUGAACCAAGAAGGUACUGAUCAUUUCAAUGAUUGUCCUUUACCCACCGAUUUCUCACAAAAAACUUCUUACAAAGAAGUAUCCCCAGGACAUCAUCUAAGUGAGAGUCCAAUACAAUUUAAUCAACAAUGUGCAAACACUUCUUACAAUACUCGGUUUAAAACACCAGCCGAGUUGAAAGAAGGUUUGAAGGGAUAUGAAUUUAGUGAACAUUUGCCAGAAAGAGUUCCAAUGAGGGUAGUAGAGCCAAAUAACAGUUUCAAAAUUGGAAAUGAGCCUCAGCCUGUUAAUGACAUAAUCAACUACACACACAGUUCUACGGAAAAUAUGAUAAAACCACUUUCAUUAAUUCAGCCCAGUUUGGUCUCUCAAAAACAAGACAAUGGUGGAUUUAGAACUCCAGCCCAAUUGAAAGAAGGACUGGUUUAUUCUCCAGGAACUGUAAAGAACAGUGCUAAAACUAGCACAGAAGAAAAUUUAGCUCAAGUCGGUGGAGAAAUUUUGAGCAACAAUGUAAGAGAAAACUAUCCUAAAUCGUAUCUUCCAACUGAUUUACCUUGUCAAAAGAAUCCCACAGCUGAGGAUACGAAUGACUCUAAACUGACGAUUAAUCAGCACCAACCCUCUCUAGAUAAUGUCUUUUGGGCUGGAAAUCAAGGCUCUCAGUUGAGCCCAGAGCGUGGCAAUGUAAUGGCCAAUUAUUACUACAGCAACAACAUGAAUAACGGAUAUGCUGUUCCUACUCUUUUUCCAUUUGAUGGUGUUCCGACACUCGAAAGAGGUGAUGCUGAAAACGAGCCUUACAAAGCGAUAGAAAAUCCUGUUAUCCCAGAAGAAGACUUGUUUGAACCCAUGUUUGAUAUAAGACCCCAAGUAAUCGAUAUUAAUCCUUCCCAAAGCUUUACCAAUCCCAACCAUCCAUCAUUAUUUCUACCUCCCUUCACUCAAAAACAGAAUAAUGAUGAAAAGGAUAAAUCAAUCGAAUCAGAUCAAGAGGAUGAUACAAAAUCAGAAGGUACGUGGCUUAAUCAGGCGGUGGGUAAAAAAGAUAGUUGUAUUUUUCUUUUACAGCAAAAAGAAAGUAAGUUAUUACAGUCUCAGAAGGUUAUAGUUCCUCAUGUUAUAGAUAGUUUUAAAUCAGUUCAGGCCAAAUUUCGUUGUGAUUGUUACAAUUGUUGUGUUAACUUUAAAAAUUUAUGUACUAACUAUUCAAUAUUUUUUAACAAUGCCGUAAAUAAAUCGUCGGGAUAUUUGACAGAAGAAGAUAAAUUAGUGUUAGCAGAAUUCAAAAGAAAACUCAAAAAUUACUUUGUGACAGCAAAUCUUGAACAACCAGAACAAUCAUGGAGCCUUCCGCUUAAAAAGAGGAAAGCCAUGGUGUUCUCAAAUAUGGAGUCCCAUGAUAGUAACGCAUACGAACAACCGUACUGCACCAGUUCAUAUACGGAACAGACCCAUAACACUCCAGGUUCAUUUGAACAAUUACACCAUACUGAUUCCAGCCAGUACAAUACCUCUUACCAUCAAAAAGAACAGAAGGCUUCACAAUCUGUAGAUACUCCAAAAUUAGAAUAUUACCCUGGCACACCAAUGUUAAGUGUUGCCAUACUUGAAGGAAAUCAGGACGGUAAGACCAACUUGGAUUCCCCAGCUGUUAGGAACUAUUACAUUCCACGGUUUGCAGCAAACACAAACAUAAGACCUCCUGACAAUUACAACCCUUUAAUCAUUCCAAACAGAAAUCAAACAUCUCCGAAUGUCCAGUUACCAAGUCCGGGUCUUAGGGAAGCAGCCUUAUCCAAUUUGUAUAAUUCAUUUUCCCAUCCUUCCACACCGUCAAUGCCGACCGUAGUUCCUACUCCUCCUCCUCCAUCGCCUUCCCCUUCUCCAUCGCCAACGUUGCCCUCACGAAUGGAGAGGCAACCUCGAUUCCAGACGCCGGCUCAAUUGAAGGAGGGAAUAAUGCAUCAUUCCCUUCAUUCUUCAGUUGACGUAAAUGCGACAAAUGCCGCGCAAGUCCUUAUGAAUUUUGCACAUAACUCCUCUAUGUGCUAUAUCCCACCUGGAGUGGACAAAGUACAAAAACCUAAAUCAAAGCCAAAACCUAAAAGUCGUACCCGCGGACGCAAAAGAAAACACACUUAAUUCAAUUGUUUAUGUACUUCUGAGCUGUGAAUUUACAAAGCUUUACAUAUUUUGUAUACAUAAAAAAUUUUAUUUUUCUAAGUUUUAACAAUUCGAGCUUACUGUAAAUUGCGUAUUUUUUUAUUAGUUUCUACUAUUUAAAUUAUUUCAGUUUAAUUUGUGGAAAUAAAUAUAUUCUCAAAUGUUUUUAACUAAGUAAUUUCUUCUUAUUAACCACACUUAAGUUGAAAAAGUCUAAUAUGUCCCUGUUUGGGCUCAGGGCAGAAUCAAGUAGGCUUCGGCCCCCUUUUUCUGUACACCUCCGACCUUAAAUUCCUUCCCACCUUGUUUUGAAAACCCUAAGUUAGUCCUCUCACAUCCAAAUCCCUGGAACCCGAAAUUUUUCCAAUAUUUUCAUCCAUUCCAACCCGGUGGAAAAAACACGAUUUCUCGUUUUUCAUCCACCCUGCAGAUCAGCAUCGUUGUCGCAAUUGGGGCCCCAACUUCACGAGGCGGCCUGUUGAUUUCCUCCGUUACUUCAACAUACAGUCCGAAAAAGCCAAGUAAGUUUGUUCUUUCUUCCUAUUUUUUUCCUUUUAUUAAUUUCUUCCUAUUUUUUUUCCUGUUUUAUUUAUUUAUUUUUUGCCAGCCCAAACAUAUUGGUCACUCCGGGCCGAAGAUAGGUCUCAUUUUAGUGAUUUUUUUAAUUAGUUUGUUUUAAUUUAAUUUAUUUUUUUGAAAUUCAAAGUUUGUUUUGUGCAGUUUUGCCGGUGUGAUUAAAGAUAUUCCAAAACGUCUGGAAUAUUACAAACGAAAGAGAGAAAACAUAUUACCCUCUCUUAAAAAUAUUUGAGAACUCGAAGUCACUCAUGGAGGGUCAGCUUUCGUACUUCGAGCCGCAAUAUCAAAAAUUAGACAGUAUUGAGGAUAGAUUCGAACAGUUUCAGGGUGAAAUAAUGCUGAAUAGUAUGGUCCCCAAUGAUUCGAUCGCCUUCCUACCACUGGUGUUCAGGUUGUUCUAAGCCGUUCGAGGUAAGUACCAAUCCCUUUUAAAAAUGAAAGGGUUGAUACUAAACCUCAGAUAACUAACACAAACUCCCGUAUCCAUUGCCUCCUAGUUUGUCCAUCCCCAUUUAUUGUCAGCAUCGACAAGAAUGAAGAUCUAUCAUGCACAGAGAAAUUCAUUCACUUCCGGGCUCACUUGAAAGGGGAUGCGAUGGCACUGGUUCCAAAUUACCAUGUAGAUAAUAAUUACCAUGCUACUCUCAAUUACUUGGUGGAUUGGUACAAGAACAAAUGCUGCCGUACCAAUUUAUACGUCAGCCAUAUUCAGAAUUUCACUCCCUUAAAAACCCGUUCCUUUGAGGCCUAUCUAAGUUUUCUAUAAGUCCAUGCUAAUUCUUCCAAGACUCAAAUAUCUGGUAGUUUAUUGUUUAAGUUUUCACAACUUAUACUCCCAAACGCAUGAACAGUUUCAGAACCACCACUCAUGCAACCACAACGUCAUCCCUACUCACAUUAAAUUGAUCAAAUUCAUAACUGACAGAUGGAGGACUUACAAAGUCUAUAUGAAAGACGGAUCAUCCUCUCCUCAUUCACAAACCAGAACUAGGACCCUUAAUAUCUACCAUCUUGCGCAUAUUUCCGCAAAAAGGCUAUCGAUGAAAAUGAUUUAAUCCUUCGCAAUGUUUUUGAAAUUGUCAUAUUCAGUCAGAACAAAGAUGUCAUAUUGAGUCAUCACAUCUAAGGGCAUCAAGUGGCAUUUCAACCCCCCAAACGCUCCCCAUUUUGGUGGCCUGUGGGAGGCUGCAGUUAAGUCGGCGAAAUAUCUACUUGGUUGUUUGUUAGAUGAGACAAGUUUGACAUUCGGGGAGUAUGCCACACUGUUCGCCCAAAUUGAGGCUGUCUUGAACAGUCGGCCGCGAGUCCCAGCCUCUCCUGGCGAUGGAGUGGACACUUCUUACCUCACCCCUACCGGUUUCUCACUCCUUUCUCCUCCUGAAGUUCCUUUCUCUGACGAAGACAAACCCCUCAUUCAUUGGCAACGUUUGAGCGCACUUUAUCAGGGUUUCUGGCAACAGUGACCUCCUAUUUAAACACGUUGGUUCAGAGGAUAAAAUGGCAACGCAUUUCAAGUGGGUGGAGUGGUUUUCCUGAAAACCAUCCACUCUUCUCCAUUAUCCUGGCCCAACGUCAGGAUAACAGAUUUACCUGGGUGAUGAUGGUAUAGCUAGGGUGGUGGCGGUCUCCACCCUCGCAGGAGUCUUCACCCACCCCAUUCACUGUAUUCUCUUACCACCCUUCUAGUAAACCUCUAAAAGCACCAUUCAUUUCAGUUUAUCAUAUAAAUAGUUUUAAGAAGUUAUAUUUCCUUUCAUUUUACAGUU